AUGGACUCUACGGAUCAAUCUGCAAGUAUAAUCACAAAUAUUUCUAACGCUUCCGUUAACAUCAUUCCAAGGGAUUCGUCAUCCGUUUCACAAGCUCCGGAUAUUUCUGCUUGGGCAGCCACACAAGUUGGUGGUCAAGUCAAGUUGUGCACAAUACAUUCUGUAGUAGACUUAAAGACAGAAAAUGGUGAAGAAUUUGCAUUUAUAACUUAUACUGAGCCAGAAUGGGAACCGGUUAAAAAUCUCAGAAAUGCCGACGCAUUGAUUGAAAGAUGUAGGCAGAGACAAGUUCAAGAGCACUUCAAAAUCAGUGAAAUUCUCUACGGACCUUACCAACACGAGAGAAUUCUCAAAGUUGGAUGCAGUACCUACAAUGCGUACAUCAAACCCGGUACAACUCGAUCCAAAACCAAAGCCAAUACUCAAAGCGGUUCAAAAAGCAGCAUCAAGUGUGUUAGAGUACAAAAAAUUGUUAUACGUUUUAAAAACGAUUAUUAUAACAAUCCAUAUAAACUUUCAAUAGACACGUCCGAUCCAAUGCAGAUAGAUGACGAUUAUGCACUUACGGAACUAAAGUAA